AUGGCAGAGCCUUCGCUGCCCCUCUCCUUCCUCUGCCUCCUCGCCUUGUCCUCCGCCUGCUACAUCCAGAACUGCCCCCGGGGCGGGAAGCGGGCGCUGGCGGACACAGCUCUGCGACAGUGCCUGCCCUGCGGUCCCGGCAACAGAGGGAACUGCUUCGGGCCCGGCAUCUGCUGCGGAGCGGAGCUGGGCUGCUACCUGGGCACGGCGGAGACGCGGCGCUGUGCCCAGGAGGAUUUGCUGCCCUCGCCCUGCCAGCCCGGCGGGCAGCCCUGCGGCUCCGGGGGCCGCUGCGCCGCGCCCGGCAUCUGCUGCACCGCCGACACGUGUGCCAUGGACAGCGGCUGCCUGGGCGAGGGCAGCGAGGGCGCUCAGGAGGCGGCGGAGGAGGAGAAGAACCUGACGGUGCUGGAUGGCUCGGCCGGAGAUCUGCUCCUCAAGCUCAUGCACUUGGCAAACCGGCAGCAGCAGCAGGGCAAGCACCCCCUGCUCUGAGACCCCCCCAUCCUGACCGAGCCCCCCACCUCGGCUCUGUACAUAGGAGACCCAAUAAAAGCCCUCGUGCACUGUGGUGGCCUCGUCCUGGGCGCUGGGGUGGCUCCUGGGGGCUCCAGGGGAUCUGGCUGGGGCUCAGGAUGGGGGUGCUGGAGGGUCCUUCUGUCCCCAGAUCCUGGCAGAGUGCAGGUGGUUCGGAUGGGCUGGGUGCAGGAUUUGGGCUCUGUCAUUUUAGCUCCUGGGGGAAGGAGCUUGGGCAGAGCUGGAAUUUGGGAUCUGGAGUCCCACCCAGCAGCAUCCCCAGCCCCAGGGGACUGGGGACAGCUGGGGUGUGCCACUGUCACCUUACCUCUUUGGGACAGAUUUGGGGCCUCGCUGCCUUCAGCAAUCAG